GCCCCAGCGACUCCUUGGCCAUCCGCCAAUGACCGAACCGGUGGCCGGCCUCAGGUACCAAAGCCAUAAUGCACGGCAUUAAUUAUUAUCCAACUCCCCAUCCCAUCCCCGUCUCAUUUCACCUCCAUCCAUUCCGUCUUUUGGUUUUAUUUUUUCUUUCCCUCUCCUGACUGAAAUUUAUCUCUCCUCUGCUUCCGAUAUUCUUCCCUCGGCUUGUUCAGACACUCUCUUUAUCACCCCUUGCCUAUCAUGGCGUCCCAACCCGACUUCGUCAGGGCCAUGACCAACCGGUCGGUCCGCACUGUUCGAUUAGAACUCGAGUUCCUUGCAGAUGCCUCGGUCAUUACGCCACAGCAACUCUCUUCCAUCCUCUCGCAACUGCCAACGGAGGAUGCACGUCAAGUUUCGGCGCCUCGACAGGCACCUCGUCAGCAUCAGUCGCCACCAGUUGUCGCUCCAUCUCCAAUCCAGGCUCCGGCUCCUAUUCCUGCUCCGGCUCCCAUCCCAGCUCCGGCUCCCAUCCCAGCGCCGGUUCAGACGCAGCCUCCCCCUGCUCCGUACUCCCCUCCUACGAACCAGUUCGCCAAUACCUCGUUGAAUGAGAAAGCAACGUACCAGCAGCCGCCGACGCCGCAAUACAACCCCACCCCUCCCCCGCCGGCUUAUCCUCAAGUCCCGCCAGUCCUAUCCAUUGCAUCUGCACUAUAUGCGUACACCCCCACAGACCCGGGUGACUUGGCUUUGCAGCCGAACGACCGGGUUCAGGUUCUCGAGCACAUGAAUGCCGACUGGUGGCGCGGACGUAACGAGCGGACCAACCUCGAGGGUAUCUUCCCUCGCAGCUACGUGAACGUGAUCCAGGACAAGGGAGUGGCCUCGCCGCCCCCGUCCGGCUAUGGCAACAUGCCCCUCGAGGUCAGCCAGGGUGGCUCCGCAGCCGACCCUGAAGGCAAAAACGGCAAGUUUGAGCAACACGGCAAGAAGUUUGGCAAGAAAUUGGGUAAUGCUGCGAUCUUCGGUGCCGGUGCUACUGUUGGCUCCAACAUUGUGAAUAGCAUUUUCUAAUGCCUUGGUCAUCGCCUGGAUACCCAUCUGUCAUCGCAGGGUCGAAUGGCAUGCGGAUCGGUCGUGAUUCAUCGUUUUUCACUUUAAUCAUUUGUUAUCAUGGGAAAGGCGUUGGCGAAUUUCCUUUCAUUAAUUCCUGAAAUAAUUACUCUUCGUGGUCAAGUUGACAUCAUUGGAACGCCGUGCUGCCAUAGUCCUUGAGGGGGGCGUUAUUGAAUAAGCUUGAAUUCUACUGUUUGAGCUAUAAUUUGCC